UUGAAGUCAUCCACGACUACCUUUUCCAGACCUGCUUCGACUACGGCAGCCCCUUCUGCCUCUAGCCCCGCAGACCCCAGUGCCACAACUGCUGCUCUAACCUCCGCUCCGACCUCUGUACCACUUGUUGCUACAACUCCAGCCCCUAGAGGAGGGGUACAAGAGCUCAUCAGACGCGUUGAUACCUCUCUGUCUUUCGGCGUGUUUUACUGCGUCGCUGGGCCAGGCGUUGAGCGGUAUGGCUACACCAAUUUCAGCGCUUCUUCAGACAGCUCCUACAAUCCCUGUUGCGCCCGUUACUACAGUUCCUGCUGCAUCCGGCGCCUCACCUUCGACUGCAUCUAGUGCUCCAAUUACAGCUGCACCAGGUGCCCCAACCGCUGCUGCAGCAGAUGCUUCGACCACAGCUGCACCAGGUGCUUCAACCACAGCUGCAACAGGUGUUUCAACUACUGCCGCACCCGGUGCCUCUACCACAGCUGCACCAGGUGCUUCAACCACAGCUGCACCGGGUGCCCCAACCGCUGUUGCACAAGAUGCUUCGACCACAGCCGCGCCCGGUUCGUCUACCACAGCUGCACCUGGUGCCUCCACCACAGCUGCACCCGGUGCAAUAACCACAGCUGCACCUGCCGCUACAACCACAGCUGCACCAGGUGCCCCAACCGCUGCUGCAGCAGAUGCUUCGACCACAGCUGCACCAGGUGCUUCAACCACAGCUGCAACAGGUGUUUCAACUACUGCCGCACCCGAUGCCUCUACCACAGCUGCACCAGGUGCUUCAACCACAGCUGCACCGGGUGCCCCAACCGCUGCUGCACAAGAUGCUUCGACCACAGCCGCGCCCGGUGCGUCUACCACAGCUGCACCUGGUGCCUCCACCGCAGCCGCACCCGGUGCAAUAACCACAGCUGCACCCGGUGCAAUAACCACAGCUGCACCCGUUGCCUCAACCACCGCUGCACCCGGUGCCUCAGUUCCUGUGCCCGCCGUUGCACGCCCCACUGCAGCCCGGGUUCCCCCUUUAAGAGGACUAAUGCAAGGAUUUGUGAACAACAUUAUGGUGUGAAAUAAACACAUUGUGAAGAAACAAUAUUAUGAUUUAAUGACAGGAUUAAAAGGAAAACCAAAUAAAGUCUAAAUCCAAUUC